CGCCGGGGCUGGGCACGAUCUAAUCAACAGUGAAAAAACCUCAGUCAUCACUGUGAGAUCCCUUGUGUCUACUGUUGGCUCUCAAAGGUUACUUAAAUUUUGCAGCUGCUCUGAAUCAGCACUACUUAAGCUUCACCUACUGUUGCUUCUCCCUACACCACUCUGCGCUGCUGCCUUACUCUUGCCUGCUUCAGAACUCCAUACGAGUUUCUUUUUUAAAUACCCACAAUUAAAUUUAGGCUAGAAAUGUGUGCCAUUCUCUUGCUGCCUGUGUACUUGUUAAUCUGGUUGUACAGUAUGCUGGUAUUUAUUCCCUGGUAUUUUCUUACCAAUGCCGAGAAGAAAAAGGCUAUGGCAAAGCGGUUAAAAGCUAAACCCAUCUCAGACAAGCCGGGGAGCCCCUACCGCUCUGUCACUCACCUGGAUUCACUAGCAAACAUAAACAUCCCUGGAGCAGACACACUGGACAAGCUCUUUGACCAUGCUUUAGCAAAGUUUGGGAAGAAGGACUGUCUUGGAACCAGGGAAAUUCUGAGUGAAGAAAAUGAAAUGCAGCCAAAUGGAAAAGUAUUCAAAAAGUUAAUUUUAGGAACUUACAGAUGGUUAUCCUAUGAAGAGGUAAACGAGCAAAUUACUUUCUUGGGGAAUGGACUGACUGCCCUGGGACUAACCCCAAAAAGCACCGUUGUCAUAUUUUGUGAGACCCGCGCUGAGUGGAUGAUUGUAGCUCUCACCUGCUUCAAGUACAACUUCCCUCUUGUCACUCUCUAUGCCACCCUGGGUGAAGAGGCAGUGACCUAUGGUCUCAACGAGUGUGGAGCAUCAUAUCUGGUCACAAGUGUGGAACUCCUUGAGAGCAAACUUAAGACAGCACUGCCACAAAUCUCCUGUCUGAAACAUAUCAUUUAUGUGGACAAGAAGACAGUCAAUAAAUCAGAAUACCCUGAAAACAUGGAGAUUCAUAGUAUGCAGGCAGUAAAAGAGCUGGGAGCCAAACCAGAAAACUCAAACAUUCUGCCCAGCAGACCUGUUCCUACAGACUUGGCUUUAGUAAUGUACACCAGUGGCUCUACUGGGAGACCUAAAGGAGUGAUGAUGAUGCAUAAAAACUUAAUAGCUGGAAUGACAGGACAGUGUGAGAGAAUACCUGGACUGGGACCCAAGGACACUUACAUUGGUUAUUUGCCUCUGGCCCACGUGUUAGAACUGACAGCGGAAGUUUCCUGCAUCACUUACGGCUGCAGGAUUGGUUACUCCUCUCCUCUCACUCUCUCAGAUCAGUCGAGUAAAAUUAAGAAGGGAAGCAAAGGAGACUGUACUGUACUUAAGCCUACACUGAUGGCAGCUGUGCCUGAAAUAAUGGACAGAAUUUAUAAAAAUGUCAUGAGUAAAGUACAAGAGAUGAACUAUAUUCAGAGAACUCUGUUCAAGAUAGGCUAUGACUACAAAUUGGAACAGAUCAAGAGAGGAUAUGAUGCACCUCUCUGUAACAUACUACUGUUUAAAAAAGUAAAGGCCUUGCUAGGAGGGAAUGUCCGUAUGAUGCUUUCUGGAGGAGCACCACUUUCACCUCAAACACAAAGAUUCAUGAACAUCUGUUUCUGCUGUCCUGUUGGUCAAGGCUAUGGACUGACAGAAACGUGUGGAGCCGGAACCAUUACAGAAGUUGCUGAUUACAGCACUGGCAGAGUUGGAGCUCCUCUUAUUUGUUGUGAAAUAAAACUGAGAGACUGGCAAGAAGGGGGCUAUACCAAUAAAGACAAGCCUAAUCCUAGAGGAGAAAUUAUAAUUGGUGGACCCAACGUCUCCAUGGGAUAUUUUAAAAAUGAAGAGAAGACAACAGAAGAGUUUUCUGUUGAUGAGAAUGGCCAGAGAUGGUUCUGUACAGGAGAUAUUGGGGAAUUUCAUCCAGAUGGGUGUCUGCAGAUCAUAGAUCGUAAGAAGGACUUGGUAAAGCUACAAGCAGGAGAAUAUGUAUCUCUGGGCAAAGUAGAGGCAGCACUGAAGAACUGCCCAUUGAUUGACAAUAUCUGUGCUUAUGCCAAAAGUGACCAGUCCUAUGUGAUCAGUUUUGUGGUCCCUAACCAGAAGAAGCUGACAGCACUGGCUGAGCAGAAAGGCAUCAGUGGAAGCUGGGUGGACAUUUGUAACAAUCCUACAAUGGAAGCAGAAAUACUGCGAGAGAUUAAAGAAGUGGCAAACAAGAUGAAAUUAGAAAGAUUUGAAAUACCCAUCAAGGUCCGGUUAAGCCCUGAACCAUGGACCCCUGAGACUGGGUUGGUAACAGAUGCUUUCAAGCUGAAAAGGAAAGAACUGAAAAACCAUUACCUCAAUGACAUUGAAAGAAUGUAUGGAGGCAAAUAAACAGCUCUGCUGACCAGGCAGCUGUUACAUCCUU